AGCAGAGAGGGAGAAGAGAAAGAAGAAGAUCAACACACCAAGGUUUUAAAUGGGGAAUUUGCUGUGACAGGCGUAAUGUCCUGGUGUGACGUUCAGGGGGCGUGCGUGGAGGUGGAAACCCUGUAAACUACCGCUGGGGGGGAAAAAAGUCAUUCUUUUAAAUAUGCAUUGUCUGUAAAAAAGAAAAGAGGACAUAUUGGCUAAUAGUUUAGGGGACUUCAACUUUAGCCCCUCAUUUCCGGUAGAGAUCACGACGUCAACUUUUGGCGGAAUUGUACGUUGUUUUUUUUGUCCUUGUUUCUUUGUCAGGCUCAGACUCAUUCAUGAAAGUAAAACUAAAACGACACUUGUAGGGAGAUUGAAAAAAAAACCAAAUCUAUGUCUUAUCAAAUAACGAGUCUGGGUAGAGUUGGAGUUGUACGAGCGGCUCUGAACGCGUCGCACGUCAUUUCUCGUCCAGCCGUUAAGCGGGAGCCUGAACGCGUCUCGCGCGGUCCGACCCUGACGUUUCACAAAUGUCUCGAACGUGUUUCUGUGUUUUUCCUCGAUGCGUCUGUGCCAACACACACACACACACUCACACACACACAAAGGGGCCCAUAAAACCCCUCCUGCGCCGCCGCGCCGGUGACGGUCGACGAUGAGUGGCUCGGCGGCAGCCAGGCCCUCCUCGGUUUGACGAAGCUCGAAAAAGUACGCGGGGAAGUUCCCUAGGAAAUCCCCCUCGGACUGCGCGGGGAUAUUAUUGUCGACGCGGAUGUGCCAAACCACCGACACCAGUCGACGACACACACACACACACACGCACGCACACACACAAGGCGCGCGCGGCGGACGAGCGAAGACGCGUCGGAUGUUGGAUUACUGAGCGCUGCUGUCUCUUUCUGUUCGAAUCCGAAGUUGCUCGCCGAUGGACGCCGCGGACCGGAGCGCGGAGGACGGCGACGCGCCGAUGGAGCGAGCGCGCGGCGCCAGCACGCUGAACACGCUGUACCACGAGACGCGCCAGGAGACGGAGCUGCUCCACCGGCAGGUCCGCGUCAAGGACAACAUCAUCGCCGACCUGAAGGCGAGGCUGGGCCGCUACGAGCGCGUCUACGUGUCGGCGGGCGACGGCGUCGGCUCCGUGGCGCUCGGGCCGUCCAGGUCCCUGCUGGAGAGCCUGUGCGCGGAGAUGUGCAAACUGAAGCAGCGCAGGAGCGACGCGCAGCUGCGGGCGUCGCGGCUGGAAGAGGAGAUCCAGAGGCUGAGCGUGCAGCUCCGAGAGAAGGAGCUGGAGCUGGAGAGCGUGCGGUGUCAGCCCGAGCACGAGAAGGAGCGCGAGAUCCAGAGGCUGCGGUCGGCCCUGGAGGAGAGGGAGCGGGCCGAGGCCACCCGGGCCGUCCUGUGCACGUCCCUGGUGGAAGAGGCCGACCAGCUGCGCGGCCAGCUCGGCACCACCGUGAAGGUGUGCCAGGAGCUGCUGGCGAGGCUGGAGAAGGAGAAGGAGGGGGGAGGAGGAGACGUGGUGGUGGAGGUGGCGGCCCAGCAGCAAAAGGCUAAGACGGCAGAAUCCUCCGACGUGAGUGGUGUUAACGCUCAAGUCCUUCAACUUCAGGAGGAGAAUAAACAGCUAAAGCAGCGAGUGGCAUACGUACAAGGUUUGAAUUCCCAGUGGCAGAAGUACGACUCCAGCAGGGAGGACUACAUCCGAGGUCUGUGUCAGAGGCUGAAGGAGAGCACUGGGCAGGGCUUGCUGCCCGGGCUGGGUUCUGUCACCACCGGGUUGCUUCAUCAGGAGAUUUCCAGGCUCAACGGCUUACUGGAAGGGAAGAUGAGCGAGUGUGCGAGGCUGGGCAUAGAAGUGGAGGAGAUAAGGAGGCACGACCAGGAGCGCAUCCAAACGCUGGAGCAGCAGGUCCUCAUCUACACAGAGGACUUUAAGUCGGAGCGUACUGACAGAGAGCGAGCACAGGGCCACAUCCAAGACCUCAAGGAGCAAGUGUACCAGUUGAAACAGCAGCUACACAAACAGGGAGCAACCAGAGAGACCAGAGACGUGGUUCCCAUGUGUCGCGUUCACAUAGGCCACAGGAUCUCCUCCAGGCGACACAAGGACAAUACAGAGCAUCUAUUGAGGACCACCGCUGAGACGCAGCAGCAGCCCGUGGCGGCGGCGGCGGAGGCUGCAGCAACAACGCCGAGCCCGGCCUGGAGCGACAUUUUGCUCGGCCUGUCAGAGCUGCAGUGUCCACGUUGCCAGGCCAAGUUCAGCGACACGGACACGGCAGAGUACCUGAAACACUGGGAGGAAUGUGCCAAACUGUGAACGAACACUCAUUUGAAAAAAAGAAAACAGUUUAUCUUUUCCUGACAGUAAAUGAACACUGACGAACGGCACUACACGGCAGAAAAUAACCUGAGUGGAGUUUCCAUUUUUGGAGAGGCGCGACUACAAAUGAAUCAACUGACUUUAAAGAUGUUUGUACAUAGGGAAGCAAAACUGUACAACCCCCAGUUCCCCUGUUACGAGAGAAAUGAAUUCAUCAAGCCUUUAGUUUAAAAAAAAAAAAGUGUCAGGUUCCUGAGCCCUGUGGCAAUACAGGGGAUUAUCGUGGAGAGGGGGAGAGGAUGUCGAUGCAAUAUGUCAAAUAUCAUAUACCUCAAUAUGUCAAAUUACAAACCUGUUGCACUUUCUUGAGAUUUAGCCAAAAACUAAUUGUAGGAUUGUACGCUGAUUUUUUUGCAUAAGAUUCAUGCAUAAGCUUCUUAUUUUGGAACUAGUGAUCUAGUUGACAAUGUCGGUGCUCUUGAUAGUUUAUUUUUGAUUGAACUUAACAUAUUUCUGUUCUGUAAAUUAUAUAUUGAACAAAUUUAUAACUUAAUAUUUAUUCUUUCUGCAUAUACAGGAAAAGGCGGAUCAUUUUAGUGCAAUGCCUUUCAUUUUUUUCUUCCAACAAAGCCGAGAUUUUUUUUUCCCCUGGUAAACAUGUGGGAUCACAUAACAAAUACAUAACAUUGCGAAAUGUUUUGAGAUCCACUUUUUCAAAACUAUCAAUGUAGAGAUUGCAUCCCAACUGACAAUGUGAUUUUUUUUUUCCUUGGGGGGGGGGGGCACAUUAUUUUUGUAAUAAAAAAACGUUUACCCAC